AUGCAUCCCCCUACCCAUCUUUAUCCCCCUACCCAUCUUUAUCCCCCUGUCCACCAUUCAUCCCCCUGUCCACCAUGCAUCCCCCUACCCAUCUUUAUCCCCCUGUCCACCAUGCAUCCCCCUACCCAUCUUUAUCCCCCUGUCCACCAUUCAUCCCCCUGUCCACCAUGCAUCCCCCUACCCAUCUUUAUCCCCCUGUCCACCAUGCAUCCCCCUACCCAUCUUUAUCCCCCUGUCCACCAUGCAUCCCCCUACCCAUCUUUAUCCCCCUGUCCACCAUGCAUCCCCCUACCCAUCUUUAUCCCCCUGUACACCAUGCAUCCCCUACCCAUCUGUAUCCCCCUGUCCACCAUGCAUCCCCCUACCCAUCUUUAUCCCCCUACCCAUCUUUAUCCCCCUACCCAUCUUUAUCCCCCUGUCAACCAUGCAUCCCCCUACCCAUCUUUAUCCCCCUGUCCACCAUGCAUCCCCCUAACCAUCUUUAUCCCCCUGUCCACCAUGCAUUCCCCUACCCAUCUUUAUCCCCCUAGCCAUCUUUAUCCCCCUGUCCACCAUGCAUCCCCCUACCCAUCUUUAUCCCCCUGUCCACCAUUCAUUCCCCUACCCAUCUUUAUCCCCCUGUCCACCAUGCAUUCCCCUACCCAUCUUUAUCCCCCUACCCAUCUUUAUCCCCCUGUCCACCAUGCAUCCCCCUACCCAUCUUUAUCCCCCUGUCCACCAUGCAUUCCCCUAACCAUCUUUAUCCCCCUGUCCACCAUGCAUCCCCCUACCCAUCUUUAUCCCCCUGUCAACCAUGCACCCCCCUACCCAUCUUUAUCCCCCUGUCCACCAUGCAUCCCCCUAACCAUCUUUAUCCCCCUGUCCACCAUGCAUCCCCCUACCCAUCUUUAUCCCCCUGUCCACCAUGCAUCCCCCUAUCCAUCUUUAUCCCCCUACCCAUCUUUAUCCCCCUGUCCACCAUUCAUCCUGGACUGCAGCUGCAGACACUCGACCUCUCCUCUCACAGAGCACGCAUUAAGAGACUCGCAGUACUAG